GCUGCGGCCAUUGCGGCGGCGGAGCCCAAGCAAGGCAGUGCAGGGAGCGAGCCUCGUGGCAAGUGGGUGCAAAAGGCGCCUUGCUCAAGCGAGCUUCUGAUCAAGACCAUCAAAGCUCUGGGAGCCAAGGACCUGUUGGGCGUCCUCGAGUUCCAGGACCUCGAGGCGUCGGCUUUCGCGACACUUGAAGAGGCGGAGAAGAAGCCUGGCAAGACGGAGUCGCGUGCUGCAGCGCUGAGCCUGCAGAAGAUUGGGCUGGAUAUCGAUUUCGUCGAGGUCCAGUCCAGCAUGGAGGCUCUCAAGGUGGAGCUGGGGAAAUCCGAGGGGCUGCUCGUCACGCUCCAAGCGGCAGAGCUCGGCGCCCCCAUCCAAGCUGUUUCGGUCAGCCUCGACGUCGCCGGCGUCAAGUCGCAGGCUUGUUGCACGGCUGCUGGAGGGACCGACGCCGCUGUCGGCAACGGCGUCAACAUCCUUGUCGGCAGUGACGACAUCGACGUGGAAGCGUCGCAGGGGCACGACCUCGCGCAGCGCCAGGCCGAUUUGUUCAAGGCGUUCGACAAGCUUCGGAAGACCCAGCCAGCCGAGCAGGAGGCGGCCGCCAGUCGCUUCUACGCCCAG